AUGGCCGAUGCUCCGGAGACGGAAGAAGAGAACGAAAGAGUAGCCGGUACUGAGGGAACUGCGGGCACCGCAAGCGCUCCUGAUACCGAAGCCGAGCCACCUUCCAAUUUAGGUGAAGGAACACAAGAUGAAGAAGAGCAAGAACAAAAAGAUGAUUACACUCCAUUAGGAUCUUCGGAUGAUCAGGAAAAGCAGCGCAAUUACAACGAAUAUAAAAGACUUGUAGUGGAAAUCAAAUGUCAGAAUGAGAUUAUAGAGCGAGUCAAAAUGCAAAUCCAGGAUACGGCUUGCAAGCCAUGUAUUACAGCUUGCGAACAAAAAGAGCUAAGGUGUCUGCAAGAGUGCUUGGAGCAGGAAAUGCACAAGUUACGAUGUCUGAUAAAUAAAGCAAUGCAUCUGCAAAAUUUUGGCUCAAAGCGUCAUUACAGAGAAAUCGCAUUAGUUACGACAUUCGAUGAGGAUCAAAUGGCUCCCAUAUCUUACUAUUGCGAUACAAUGCAAGUGAAAACAUCAAGGAAAUCAUUUGCCAAACAACUACAUCCGGCGCGUCAUUGGAAAUCGGUUGUUAGCUCCGAUAUUAGCGAAGAAGAAAAACCCUGCUCCUGUCAAGAUCGUCCGGAAAGUCAUGACACAUCAAGUACUCCCGACGAAGACGAACGAAAAUUGAUGAGAGAAGUUUUAGAAGCAAUACGACUCUGCAAAAAGAAAAAUCAUGUAUGCAAAGAUCAGACAAGUAAAACAGUCUCUCCGAAUCAAAAGAAGAAGAUAUGCCAAACGGAAUCGUCAUUUGAGAAGCUUAAAAAUAAAAUAUUCGGCAUGCAAGAGACAGUUGAAGAGUUGAAAGAAGAAAUUUGUCGACGAGAAGUUGAAAGGAAAUUAAGCGGACCUUGUCCGCUUCAUAAGCAAAAACGUGACGUGCCUCCUCAACCAUGCUCAACAGGUCAUAUACCCAGCCGUGCUACCCGCCCUGUUGCCUUUCCCACUCCCUUUUCUGCCCCAUGCUCCAUGCCUUGUCCUAAUCCCUGUCCUAAUACCUGCACUAAUGACUGUCAGUUUUCCAGUCAUGGUCCCUGUCACGAUGACUGUCAUAUGGUAUGUGAGAAAACCACGCUCCCCCCUCAGGAGCCCUGUGCAUCGCGCAAAACACGCAAAGAAGAUCUAUUCCAGAAGCUCAAGGAUAACUAUGUCUAUUUAUUAACAGAGUAUACGAAAAAAGAUGGACAACUUAAGGAAUUGAAUAAAAAAUUAAGAAGCGAAUGCGCAAGCCUUGGUACCGGCCGCAUAGGUAUUGGGGAUGGGAGUAACGCUGACGAAAGCGAAUUGGUUUUGCUGCGGACUCGUGUCAAUGAAUAUAAAGAGGAGCAAAUUGAGUUUAAGUGCUUGAUGAAGGAACAAGCUGCGCAAUUAGAAGAUUACCGUAACAAGUAUAUAAGCGCCCAACAGAAAGUCGAAGAGCAAAAUGCCUUGAUCGAAAAGCUUAAUAUGAAUAAUAAGCGUGUAGAGAAACAAAUUAAUAUGGAGUUGAAAGCGAUUAGAGCUAAAUUUCAGGAAAAACUUAAUGAAUUAUUGCAGUAUCCGAAAUUACUUGAGAAUGAACAAUUAAAACUGUCUGACGUUUGCAAACAGAAAGAAGCUAUGGAGAACAAACUAAUGAUUGUGUGCAAAGAAUUGAAAGUAGUGAAAGCGAGGUUGGACAAUGCGGCGGAGGAUUGUCGACCGCAAUUGCAGAAAUGUCAAGUAGAUUUAGAAAAUGUUACUAGAAAUUAUGAGGAUAUGCAGAGGCAACGAGAUCUUUUCUGUGAACAAUUGAAAGUGACGAGAGAAGAUCUAGAUACACUGCGUUCCGAAUCAGCCAAAAUUAUUGCUCGCACUAAAGAAAGAUUUGAAGUGAUUAAAGAACAAAUGCAAGAACGUAUGGAUCGUUUGGAGAAAGAUUUGGCUCAGUGUAGAGCUACGGCCUGUCUCUCCGUUAACGACCGCGAAGUUGUUAUACGCGAGAUGCAAGGCCAACUAAACACUUUGUCAUAUAGUUUCGAUGCGGCCCAAAAGCAAAUAAAAACAUUACGUAACCACAUAGCCUACAUGUCCAAUGAGAACUGUUUUCCCAUUAAAUGUUAA